ACAGCUGAUGUUGGCUCACUUCAACAAGUGCUCCUGCUGCACUGAAGUCGCCACUGCUGUUUGUUUGUUUGUUUUUAAGAGAGGAUCCAUUCUCCCAUUGGCAGACCUCUACUGAGUUCCAUGUGGUGAUAUAGAAAAGGACAAUUUACGAGUCAUUAUCUCGUCUUUAUUGGCUGAUUUUAUUUUAUUUUUUAAAACCUGUAAGAGCGGGGUCAUCCCAACAGGAAAUUAGGAUUUGACAUUCUCUUCACUGCAUCGCACAGCAGUGCUUUCCCUAUACGCUCCUCCUGGUUCUUCAACAUCUUCAAAUGCUUCAGCACGCUCACCAGCAUGCCUUCACUCCCUUCCUGUACCAAUCAGCGACCAUACCAGCCCCUCCAAUGGGAACUCAGGACAGUAAUUUUCUGGCACGCCUUCCCAGAGACACGAGGCCUUUGUUUGCUCCCGUCACGGCCUUUCACAAAGAAACACACAAAUUAUUCAGCUCAAAGAAACCAGGGAGAUGGGGUGCAAUGCAUGCCUGCAUUGCAUGGAGGAUUUAUCACCACCAACGACUGAAGAAAAUGCAGCAAAAACCAGACGAUCUCUGCGGUGAAUGGACACCUGAUUAUCCAGCCGCUGUCUUACCUGAUAGGGUGCAACACAAAGAAUCAGACUGGUCCUCCUGCAGACACUCAAAUCACGACUCUCCAUGUGGAUACUUCAGAAAAGCAGCAGAAGAUGUCAGCUCCUUCAACAGAAGACACCACUCCGACCUUCACACAUCUUCACCAGCAUCUUGCCAAAGCGGUAAUAGGGAGGAGCUGGAACAUCACUGGCAUCUGCUCUGGAAGGAGAAACUUGAUGAGAAGGAGAAACACAGGAACCAACAAAUUAACCAAACAAAGGAUUUAACUCCUAGAGACAACUCUCGGGAUCAGACGGUGACUGCUGGACUUGAUGAAAGGCUUGGCAGCUCGGCUGUCAGGAAGCGGCAGCUCGAGUGCGACAGCUUCCUUGAAGUGAAGAGGCUGAAGCAGGAAACUGUGGAGGACAACUUUGGUUCUUCACACAUCAAACCAGUUAAACAUACGAGUGAUUUUGCAUUCUUGUACCCUUACAGUAAUGUAUGUGAUGUGAGCAGAACUCCUAUUGGACACAUUCCUUAUCCAAGGGCUGAAUUACAUUCCUACCAAAAUAUGUGGGACUCAGACAAAAGGAUGGAUCUCUACUGGAGACAACAUUUCUUAAAAGAGCUCACCUUAACUCACUGCAGAGUGAUGGGGAUACCUCCUGUAGCACAGAGGCAGACAGAUGUUUCUCAUGGUUACUCUUCAACACCUCUUUAUUUCCCUCUCGCCGUCAGGCAGUAGGAGACCGUUUACCACAGUGAGGGAGUUUCUGCAGCCACACAAACUGAAGUGUCAUUUCCUCUGCUGCAGAUAUCAGCUCCCCUAGCCCGACUUUCUGCAGACAUUGAACCUCGAGCACCGAGUCUC